AUGAAACUGGCUUUUGUAACCGGGUCUAAUAAAGGUAUUGGAUAUAGUAUUGUUGAGAAGCUUGCAAAAUUUUAUGGGACGUCAGGAGAAUGGGACAUUUAUUUAACAGCUCGGAACGUUGAUCUUGGUCUUCAGGCUGUGAAAAAACUGGCAGAUGAAGGACUUGAUGUCAAAUUUCACCAAUUAGAUAUAACAGAUCCUAACAGUCGAAAAGCAUUUCUGUCAUUUGUGCAGAAGAAUUAUCCUGGUGGGAUAAACAUUUGUGUGAAUAAUGCUGGCAUAGCUUAUAAAGUGGAUUCUCCAGCUCCAUUUGGUGAGCAAGCCAAAGUUACGGUGAACACCAAUUUCACUUCAACCGUUGAUUUUAUUGAGGAGUUCAUUCCCUUGUUAGCUGAAAAUGCUAGGGUUGUCAAUGUAUCUAGUUCUGUGUCUUUGUCCAGUCUGAAGAAAUUAAGCAACGAAUUGUACGAGAAAAUCGUUGGGCCUAUGAAUCUUUCAGAGCUGAGAACACUAAUGUUGGAAUUUGUUAAGUGCGCUGAAGAUGGGACUCUUUCCGCUGAGGGUUGGCCAUCUACUCCUCAUAAUGUUUCCAAAAUAGGCCUUACCAAGGCUUCUUUCAUUUUCGGUGAGAUGUUAAAAAAUGACCGUAGGAAAAUUAUCAUGAAUUCGUGUUGCCCGGGUUUUGUUGAUACGAUAUGA